AUGAGAGUCGAUGCUCUGCAGACUGGAGACCUCAGCCUCACUCUGAAGAAACCCACAGUCUCUGAUAGUGGAACCUACACCUGCACUGCUCCCAGGGCUGGAGAAGAUCAGAGCAAAACUGUAGUACAGCUGAAAGUCAAAGAACCUCCUCCAGUCUGGCCCAUAGCCCUCCCAGCUGUGCUGCUGGGUACUCUGAUCAUCCCGGCUGCUGCCUUUGGUCUGUUUGUGUGCUGUGCAUUUAUAAGGAAGAAGAGGAGUGACGGAGGUCUGGGAGCAGACCUGUGGAGCUGUGGAGGUGACGGCUGUCUGAGACGGAGCGUCUGCCUCUGCUUUUCAGGCCUGUUUGUGCUGACUGCUGCAGGUGUGUGUGUGCUGCUGCUGUCUGCUCUGACUGUUCCUGCAGAUGGUCCUCCUCUUCUUCCCUGUGAGUCUGUGCUCAGACUCUUCUGCCAUCUAGUGGUUCUCUGUCCGUACUGCAUCUCCACUGGUCUGCUGCUGUCCAUCUGCUGCAGCAGGAAGACACCGAUCAAACUAGCCAUCUCCAUGGAGAUGACCCAGCAUCGCAGAGGUCAGGAACUGGAUGAAGACUACGAUGACAUCACUGCUGAUGUCACCACUGAGCAUGCCCUCUGAGCUGCAGAGGCUGUUUUUGUUGAAGCUGCAGAAGAUGGUUUUUCACUUUGUCUGUUCCAAAAAAAUUCAGAAAUCAUCCAGAAAUAUUUCCCACAGCUUCAUCGCUGAUCUGAGUUCAUCUCAGCAAAGUGUUCACAAAGACAGUUUUAGAGAACUUACACACCUUUACUUUUUCUACAGUAUUUGUAUGCCCCUUCCAAAACUUUGUGCUUUCCACCACCAGACACAAUAACUCACGAAUACCUAAGACCAGCCAUAAAAUGUCCAUCGCUUCUUCACAA